UCUACGAAUAUCGCCAUGGCACCGCCGCAACCGUCAAAGCCCGCCACGCAACAGUCUUUUCCACGUGGCCACCCAGAGAGAAGCCACGUGUCACAAAGACUCUCACAGCUGCGAUCCUUCGCUUCCCUUCUGCCCUGUCCUUCCUUUCUUCUUUCCGUCUUCCUGCAAUUUCUCCAUCUUUCUUCAAUUGCGAGAGGAGCAGGCGCUUCAGAUUCGUGGAAUGAGAUGGACGAUUCAAAACAAUGGCAGGAAAGAGCCUUCUAUACUCUCUCGGCUUCGUACGCUCUCGUCGCCGUUGUCGCUCUCGUCCAACUCUUCCGAAUUCAGCUGAGAGUACCGGAGUAUGGUUGGACAACUCAGAAGGUUUUCCACUUGAUGAAUUUUAUUGUGAAUGGAUUACGUGCUAUUCUCUUUGGAUUCUACAGGAGUGUGUUCGAUAUCAGACCAAAAGUUCUUGAAAUGGUUCUUCUAGAUCUUCCUGGUCUUCUGUUUUUCUCAACAUACACAUUGCUUGUGUUAUUCUGGGCGGAGAUAUAUUACCAGGCAAGAAGUCUUCCCAUAGAUAAACUUAGACCUACAUAUUUUAUAAUCAAUGGAGUAGUCUACUUCUUACAGGUCUGCAUUUGGGUUUAUGUACAAGUAACUCCGAAUCCUGUUGCUGUGGAAGUUGCUAAGCUCUUUUUUGCCGUUGUUUCAUUCCUGGCUGCUGUGGGAUUUCUGAUAUAUGGUGGGAGGUUGUUCUUCAUGUUGAGGCGCUUCCCGAUUGAUUCUAGAGGCCGUCAAAAAAAGCUGAAUGAGGUUGGUUUUGUAACCGGGAUAUGCUGUACUUGUUUCUUGAUUAGAUGCUUUGUGUUGGUAGAGAUUCUUCCAUCGACUCUAGUACUCUUCAUCCUUAGGAAGCUGCCACCGAGGCGGGUCUCUGAGCAAUAUCAUCCCAUUAACUGAAGCUGGAAAUCUCUCAAAUUUGGGCCAUUCAGGUAUCAAAAUCUGCAACUCCCAUCAGCUGCUUGUGCUGUUUGGAGAUGGUUGUGUGUAACAAGCCUAGACGAGCUCUUCAAAGCUGUUUCUUUUCUUUUCUUUUCUUUUUCUUUACUUCCACAAAAGCAAAAUCAUGUGUAAAAAAUAGUUCCUUCUUCAUUCCACUAGUUUCCCUUUCUUGCCUAAUUUCAAUUGUUAUUCAUGUGUCCAUCAUCAAAUUCUGUAAAGAAUCUCCACUAUCACCGACGUUGAUGAAAUGCCAUUGCAUGGGCGGUCCAAUGCCCCAGAUAAUGCAUCCAAA